CCACUGGCUCCCAUCAUGCUUCGCGCAGCUUCUUGAAGGUUCUGCUUCACUCCCAUGACAGUUGGGCCAGCCCAGAAGGUUCCAUAAGGUCGGUCAGUCCUGCCCACAAUGCUGCUGCUCUGCGCCCUGCUCCUGUCCGGGCUGCAGCUGGGGAUGAGCAAAUUCACCUACAGCCUGAGGUGCUACGAGUGUGCGACCAUCAACACCUUCGAGUGUUCGAAUCUUAUGACCUGCGACUACGAGAUCAGGCGCUGUCUGACGGUCUCCAUCCGCCUAAACUCCCGGGAAGUGCUCGUGUACAAGAACUGCACGAACAACUGCACGUUCGUCUAUGAGUCCGAGAUGCCGCCCCCAGCCCCUAAGGCCCUGAGGACCAACAGCUUCUACUGGGUGAGGUGCUGCGGCCUCAUGAGCUGCAACGUCGGGGGGCCCACCAACCUGGAGCGGGACAUCCUUCCCGACCAGACCAUCGAGGAGGAGCUGGAAGGGGGCGUGUGCCUGGGGGGCGGGGGGCUCUGGGGAGCCCUCCUGAGCUGCGCCUCCGUCCUCCUGAGCAGCGCCCUGACGUGAGAAGACCUCGCCUCGGUGACCGGGUCCCCCGCCCCCACCCCCAUU